AUGUGCCGAUGUGCGAGAUCAGCCGGGAGGUGGUUAGCUGUCUCGGAAGAUUCAUGGGAAGACGCGGGACCGGAAGAAGGGAUCAUUAGCCAGGGGAAGAUGGCUAGUAGAAGUUUUUUUGGAACUGGAACUAUUCUGGACUACUACGGAGUCAUAAAAGAGGCGCGAAUGACUGGACAAGGAAAGCGAAAACGCAAAAAACUUUUUCCUUUUCUGUACAUAUGUGGAAUGACCCAGAAGGGGAAAAAACUUGCUAAGGGUGAUGAAUUCUUACCUGCAAUGAAAGCGAUAAGCACUAUAUGGUAUUUCAUCGAGGUGUCAAAGGAGACGCACUGGUUGAGAAGCCGUUGCGACUGCGCCAUCGCCCCCCGCCCCUCUCGCCGGGCGUCUUCGUUCCGACGUCAGACGAAAACCGAGACAUCGUAA